UUGUGCUGAUCAGCCAGUGCUAACUAGGAAAUUAAAUUUCUCAAACCACUAACAUCGAUUUAAAGUUUACGAAUUGAUUACAUAUUUCGUCGAGCAUUUAAUUCCUCCACCUAUUUAGUAAUAAAAGGUGAAUUUUCGAAAUAUUUCCACCUAGUGCCACUACCUCUUACACAUUUUUUUUUAUCCCUCCGUUUUGCAGGCAGGGCAAAAUUUAGUCUCUAGAAAGUUCGCCUUCACAGCAUUAACCGAUGACUGAGUUCAAUGCAUCGCGCGAAUUUUACCCGGACAUUUUUCAUCAAGUAAAAUCAUUGCUACGCAUACAGGAUAAUCUGCAACAAGAUAGUGCACUGCUGCCUCCAGCCGAUGUUGUCGCUGAUAGUUCCACGCACGAUUAUGAUGCGUCACCGAUUAAUCUGCAGGAUUUCAUACAGAGCGUAUCGGGCAAUGAUGUUUUCGUCGAGUAUGCGGCACCCACUGAUUCCACAACAUUUGCGUUUGGCAGUAGCACUGCAGAUGGUGGCGCCAUACCGGAAACCUUCUUCCCCCAGCUGACACAGAAUUUCACUUUCCCAGAUUUAUAUGGCAACGAGACGCACGAUGCGUUGUGCAUGGAUGUUUACCAUCCGGAUGAUGAAACCCGUCUUGAGUUCUGGGUUUGCGGUGUCGUAUUGAAUAUUGUUGGUAUAUUCGGCAUUAUUGGCAAUGUAAUUUCUAUGAUUAUACUUUCGCGCCCGCAGAUGCGUUCAAGUAUCAAUUACUUGCUCAUCGGUUUGGCCCGUUGUGAUACGACACUCAUCAUUACGUCCAUGCUGCUCUUCGGUAUACCCUGCGUAUAUCCUUAUUCAGGUUAUUUCUUCUACUACUAUAAUUACAUUUACCCAUUUAUUUCGCCUGUGGUGUUUCCCAUUGGCUUAACGGCGCAAACGGGCAGCAUCUAUAUGACGUUCACAGUGACACUGGAGCGUUAUGUGGCGGUGUGCCAUCCGCUCAAGUCGCGUGCCCUCUGCACGUAUGGACGCGCCAAAAUCUACUUUAUAAUAUGUUGUAUAUUCUCGCUGUUUUAUAAUCUACCACGCUUUUGGGAAGUCAUGACAGUCAGCUAUCAGCCUGAGGGCAGCGAUAUAGUAUAUCACUGCAUACGACCUUCACCUUUGCGACAAAAUCAGUCUUACAUCAAUAUCUACAUACAUUGGUGUUAUCUGAUUGUCAACUACAUCAUACCAUUCCUGGCAUUGGCCAUACUCAAUUGUCUGAUAUAUCGUCAGGUUAAGCGUGCGAAUCGUGAACGCCAGCGGCUAUCGCGCUCUGAGAAGCGUGAAAUCGGUUUGGCGACUAUGUUGAUUUUUAUUGUGAUAGUUUUUUUUCUAUUGAACUUUCUGGCACUUGUAGUGAAUAUUAACGAGGCGUUCUAUCAUACAAUCGAUCAUUCGCUAACGAAAAUUUCCAAUUUGCUAGUGACGUUAAACAGCAGUGCAAAUUUCCUCAUCUAUGUUAUAUUCGGAGAAAAGUUCAAACGUAUAUUCCUGUUGAUUUUUUUCAAACGCCGCUUCAGCCGCGAUCAACCCGACCUUAUUCAUUACGAGAGUUCCAUUUCGAACAAUGCCGACGGCACGAUAAAUCAUCGCUCAUCGGGCCGUUUUUCACGACACGGCACACAACGCAGUACCACUGGUACAUACCUAGUAACCGGCAGCGGUUCGAACAAUAGUACGUUGAAAAAUGUGCGGCUCUUUCAGACCGGCUCGCCAGGUGUGGUGAAGAUCAAACGAAAUCGUGCACCUUCGCCGGGCCCAGUUGUUUACUACCCGGCAAGGGACAUUCAGCGCACGACUGUUGUGACGCCGGUGGCGUUAGCAUCGAACAACAAUAAUGCGCUUAGUUGCGAUUGGACCGAUGGAGCAAAUGGGCAGAUGACUUCGGGUAUCUGAGAUCGUUGGCACAGCAGAGAUCAGAUGUGGUUGGGCGGCGAAUGUGUUAGAAGUGAAAGUGCAAGCUGUAAAUAAGUUUGGGAAAUGUGGUGAGGAAUCAAAGAGAAGCUGAUUAUAAACAAAAAAUGA